UCCCAAGGUAGAAACUACAAAUAAAGGAAACAAAGCCACACCGUACGAUAAUGUCAAUGUAGAGAGAGAGAGCAGAGGUUUUAUUUUAGAGAGGGAAAGUCAGUGACAAGCACCACAAGAAGUAGCUAGCACCCAAACAACAUCAGAUUUUGGAUAAUAGUUUAAUCCUCUUCACUCUUAGAUCCAUUGAGGUUGUUCCUGCACAUCAUGAUUUUCUCUGGGUCAAACACCGGUUGAGCACACAGAAGAAAGAGAGGGUUUGAUCAUGACCCUUUUGAUGCGUCAUAUGCCCACAUAGCGCAAAACGUAAAAGAAGAGUCUUUUGAGGUGGCUUGGCAGAGCCAUGGGGGGCCAUGUAGCAGCGGUGCACACUGCUACUAACGCUUUGCAAGCAUUAGGGAGGGGUUUUGAUGUGAAUUUUGAUACGAGGUUGCUCUAUUGUAAAGGAAUUUCAGGGUCUAGGGUAGUUGAAAUUGAUGAAGAACACCGUAGGGAGCUUUUGUUGUACGAUGAUGUGGCUGUUCCUGACGUUUCCAGGGACAUUGGAAGCUCCCAGGAGACCAUGGAGCGUCAGAGUUCUGGGGUGUGCACGUUCCCUGAGAUGGUGGAAUACUUUAAUGGAAGGGCAAAUAUAUCAGGGAACUUUCCUCUUGGGAGUUUUAAUGCCGCAUUUAGCUUCACGGGUUCAAAACAUGUUGAUGCUGCAGCCACAAAGACCUUGUCUGCCGAAGGAUUUUACAUUCCUCUUGCAAAGGUUCAGCUUAAAAAGUCCCACUUAACGUUGCAAGGAAAUGUCAAAAGGGCUGUCCCAUUCAAUUGGGACCCACCGGCCUUGGCAAGUUUUAUCGAAAAUUUUGGGACUCAUGUCAUUACAUCUAUAACUAUUGGUGGUAAAGAUGUUAUUUAUGUUAAACAACACCAUACUUCUUCUUUGUCAAAGUUGGAGAUGAAAAACUAUAUUCAGGAUAUUGGAAAUCAGAGGUUCUGUGACAUCAAUAGUCAAACAAGUGCAGGUCAAACAAAAUCCAAGGAUAAGGGUGUUGAUUCGUUUUCAUUCAAUAGUCAAGGGGUUUACCCCCAACCCACAACUGCAACAUAUCCUUCUGGGAAAGAAGAUGUCACAGUCAUUUUUAGAAGAAGAGGAGGAGAUGAUUUAGAACAGAACCACAUGAAAUGGCUAUCAACUGUCAAGUCCUCCCCAGAUAUCAUUGAGAUGACUUUCUGUCCUAUAACUGCUCUACUUGAUGAAAUACCUGCCAAGGAGCAUUUGACUCGUGCCAUUGGUCUUUAUCUUGAAUUUAAACCUCCAAUUGAAGAACUUAGAUAUUUCCUGGAGUUUCAGAUUCCUCGUGUAUGGGCUCCUUUACAAGACAGGAUUCCUGGUCAACAAAGGAAGGAACCCGUAUGUCCAUCUUUGCAAUUCAGCAUAAUGGGCCAGAAACUUUACAUCAGUCAAGAACAGAUUACAGUGGGACGAAGGCCGGUAACAGGACUACGUCUCUGUCUAGAAGGAAGCAAGCAGAAUCGGCUGAGUAUUCUUGUUCAGCACUUGGUAUCCCUUCCAAAAAUCCUUCAUCCGUAUUGGGACAACCAUGUUGCUAUAGGUGCUCCCAAGUGGCAGGGACCCGAGGAGCAAGACAGCAGAUGGUUUGAACCAGUUAAAUGGAAGAACUUUUCUCAUGUGAGCACUGCACCAAUUGAGAAUCCUGAAACCUUCAUAGGAGACUUUUCUGGUGUCCACAUAGUUACUGGAGCACAGCUUGGAGUGUGGGAUUUUGGAUCACGGAAUGUGCUGUACAUGAAGCUCUUAUAUUCAAGGUUACCCGGCUGCACCAUUCGAAGAUCGCUGUGGGACCAUGCCGGAAACAGUUCGUCAAAAACAGUGAAUGUUGGAAACACCUCCAACUCAGAUAACUCAACCCUGGGAGAAAAUGCCACAGGGAACAAGUUGGUGAAGUAUGUUGACAUGUCUGCGAUGACCAAAGAGCCCCAAGACCCUCCUGGCCAUUGGCUUGUCACUGGUGGAAAGCUUGGUGUGGAAAAAGGGAAAAUUGUUUUGAGAGUGAAAUAUUCAUUGCUUAAUUACUGAUUGCAGUGGUGGCCUGUGUAAGAAGAAGCAGUGCUUGUGCUUUGGUGCACAUAAUUUUCCCUUGUUGUCCAUGUAAAAACGUUUUGCGGUUUGAUGACCAGAGUUGAAUAGGAAGAUUUUACUCUUAGUUGAUCAUGAUCAGUGGAUGCAUGUUGUGGUGGUGGCAAAUGUUGGUUGUUUCCAUUGCCACUGCAGAUGUGAUGUCCAUAUCUCAUAGGAGUUAGAACCUUUUACACCAUGCUCCAUUUUAAAGUAAUGUUUAUAUCCAUAUAGCUUUGAAAUACAAAUGACAAAACCCUUUGCUUCUCCUUUCUCUCUACUACAAAGCAAGAUGGUGACAGAGAGGGGAAAAAAGGUGGUUAGUGAAGUCUUGAACAUUCUUUAUCAUCCAUCGUUUUCUUUUGUGGGAUAUUCCUUAAUUGUUAUGCAUCUACUUGUCUAUUACUUAAUUCAUCA